AUGGACGUUUAUGAAAAAUUCCAAACUCUCAAAUAAACAAGCGCAAUCCCCCUGAUUAUAAACUGCAGCUGUGACCGUGAACCCCCUUCUUCCCCCCUGCAGUACUACACCCGGAUUACCAGACAGGAAGGAAGUGCAAGAGCCGAUUCGUUUUUUCCUCUGAAGAAAUGGCCGCAAUCACGCAAGUUAAGAUUGGAAUCAUUGGUGGUUCGGGUCUGAAUGAUCCUGAUAUCUUGGAAGGAAGAAGCGAGAGAUAUGUUGAAACCCCCUAUGGAAAGCCUUCAGAUGCUCUGAUAGUGGGAAAGAUUAAAAAUGUUGACUGUGUGCUCCUGGCAAGACAUGGUAGGCAACACACAAUUAUGCCAACAAAUGUCAACCAUCGAGCCAAUAUUUGGGCACUCAAAGAAGAAGGCUGCACACACUUGGUUGUGACGACAGCAUGUGGCUCACUAAGGGAGGACAUUCAGCCUGGAGACUUUGUCAUUAUUGACCAGUUCAUUGACAGGACAACAAAAAGACAUCAGACCUUUUAUGAUGGGAGCUCUACCAGCCCUGCUGGGGUCUGUCACAUUCCAAUGGCUGAACCCUUCUGUAACAAAACAAGAGAGGUUCUGAUAGAGGUGGCAAGGAAUCUCGGAAUGAAGUGCCACCCCAAAGGGACCAUGCUGACGAUCGAGGGGCCGCGUUUCUCUUCUAGGGCAGAGAGUCUGAUGUUCCGCCAGUGGGGUGCUGACGUCCUCAAUAUGACCACUGUUCCAGAAGUAGUUCUAGCCAGAGAAGCUGGCCUCUGCUAUGCAAGUAUUGCUAUGGCAACAGACUAUGAUUGCUGGAAGGAACAUGAAGAAACGGUUUGUGUGGACAAUGUGUUAAAAACAAUGAAGGAAAAUGCAAACAAAGCUGCCAGUAUUCUUCUCACUGCUAUACCAUAUAUUAGCAAAAUGGAUUGGACAGAAACUGUAAAGAACAUGAAAACUGUAGUGCAGUGUUCAGUCAUGUUACCAAAACACUGAAAUGAAGGAACCAGCUGAAGGGAAACAUUCAAAUCCAUAAUUGCCACAAAAACCAAAGGCUGCUGGACCAUCAAACUUGUAUAACCUUAAAGAAUAUAACUGCAAAAACAUGCAUUGCUUUGUUUUUGCUUUAUUUGUGUUACAAUAAAUCGCAAGGAUAUUGCAUGUUCUUAUUUUUUAUAUUGAUCUAAUUGAGACAGAUAUAUAAAGUAUCAAUUAGAUCACGUUUUUCGAGUAUUACACUGAUAUAGCCCUCAAGGAGAUUUUCAAAUGUAUCAAGGACAGAAAAACCUGGGAACUUAAAAGUAAUCGACUGGUUUGAUUCCAUUAACCAUGGACUAAAGAGGCCAAAUGUUCCUACCUUACAAGUGUAUUGCAACUAGUAUUACUGGGAUUUUCUUUUUAUAUUGCUGUUAAUACUCCAGUUACUCCAUGUCCUGCUGCUUUUUCAUUAUUUUCAGUUACCAUUUUCAGUUUUCUUUAUACUACUAGAAUUGUAUUGUUCCAAACAUCUUAAAAUUCUUCUGAUAUGCAAAUGUAAACAAUAACAUCUGUUUCUUUUUAAGUUUGCACAUCAACUGAAAAACACUUUAAGUUUGUAAGUGUUUGUAUAUGUCAGUUAACCUAGUAAACAUUAUCAAACUGGUAUUUCCAAUUACUUUACUCCCGUGUUUCUCCCAGUUAUCGCCACGACAACUCCCCACAACAGCUUAGGAGAAUUGAAGAUCAGUUGGAGCUCUCCAAUCCCAUCUCCAAAUCAGUCGACUCUUUCAGCCACAAACUUUAGAAUGCCACAAAAUACCAACCCCUGCAGGACAAAGGAAGAUGUCUGCGCAAGCGCAAUGGAUGCCUGGCCAGUAGGGGCCACUUUAGGGCAAAUUUAACAACCAGUAAACAAGCCUGUGGCCCCCUCUCCUUGUGGGAUCCCUGUCCAAGAAAGACAACUUGACCUUGCCAUGACAAAAACCAGCACUCCCUUUCCACGAACUGAGGAUUUUAAAAUAAACUUGUGGAAUACUGCAUUUAUUAUUUUAUUUUAUAUGUUCAUUAUCACAUUUUUACUCUUGCACAAAUAGGCUUGAACAACCACCUACCUUGCUUACCAAGGUCACACGGGAAUAACGAGAAACUAUUGUCCUGUUGAUUAAUAAAUGCCCUCUGGGAUAUAUUUGCCACACACUUAA